GAGUGGGUGAGGAUGUGUGUGUGUCUGUGUGCUGUACUGUCUGAGGGUUCAGCAUGGAUGUAUGUCUUUGGCAGUUGGACAGGUGAAUUCUUGGACUUUAUGAGGAUAUGCAAUAUGUUACAGUUUAUUAGGGUGUGUUUUCUAAAACUGGAGGAAUCUCUCUUCAUGGGAACGCAGGCUGUUGUAGUGAGUUAACAACAUGCAGGCUGUUGUAGUGAGUUAACAACUCUCUUUACUGCAUGGCUUGAUUCUAUGUCUCCUUAUGGAUUAUAGUACAGUAGGAACCGUCAAAGUCUUGGUGUGACUUUUUUGGAUGUACAAGUUAUAAACUGGUACAUAGAUUUUUGACUUAUCUGAGCAAAUGGUGGCAGUGAGGAGACAAUGAAGAGGUCAGGGUUCCUUUGUGUGACAGUGCUGUGCUUGGAGUUCUUCUGUCUAAUCUCCUCCCAGCCUCAGUCCAAGCUUCAGCAGUGUAGACCGAUGGUGGGUCCCUCUGCCCUGCCUGUGCUACAGAGGGACGGGAAUGUGAUGCUAGGGGGCCUCUUCUCCCUCCAUGACAUGGUGAUGCAGCCUGACUUCUUCUUCACCUCCAAACCAGCCCGCUCACGCUGCACCGGGUUUAACUUCCGGACAUUCCGCUGGAUGCAGACCAUGAUGUUUGCCAUCGAAGAGAUCAACAGAGAUGAUCAUCUGCUCCCCAACUUCACUCUGGGAUAUAAGAUAUAUGAUUCGUGCAGUACUCCUUACCACGCCUUGAGGGCUUCUGUGGAACUGAUGGGGGGAGAAGGGGAAGGAGAGGUGGAGGGGGGAUCCUGUCAUGGCCUGGUUCCAGUGGUCAUCGGGGAUGGAGGUUCCACUCUGUCUCUGGUGGUGGCUCGCUUCCUGGGAGUCUUCAGAUUACCUCAGGUCAGUUAUUUCUCUAGCUGUGCAUGUCUCAGUAACAAGGCAGAGUUCCCAGCCUUCCUCAGGACCAUGCCCAGUGACUUCUUCCAGGUGGAUGCUCUGGUGCAGCUCGUCCAGCACUUCAGCUGGAAAUGGGUGGGUGUGGUUGCCGGGGACGAUGCAUAUGGUCGUGGGGGAGCACAAAUAUUUUCUGAGAAGGUGCAGAGGCUCGGUGCCUGCAUGGCCCUCCAUGAAAUCAUCCCCAAAAACCACGCGGAGGGGGCCAUGGCCUCCAUCGUUGCCCGUAUUCGGUCCUCUGGGGCUGGCGUGGUUCUUGUGUUUGCCCUGGAGCAGGAUGCUGGCGCUUUGUUUGACGAGGCCCUGCGGCAGGGUCUGACAGGGGUGCAGUGGCUGGCCAGCGAAGCCUGGAGUACAGCCUCAGUUCUCUCCACCCCUCCCCGCUUCCUCCCCAUCCUCCAGGGCUCCAUGGGCUUUGCCAUCCGCCGAGCUGUGCACAUCCCUGGACUACAGGAGUUCCUGCUGCGUCUCCACCCCUCCAGCCCAGACGCCUCCGAGGACCCGUUCCUACGCCCUUUCUGGGAGGAGGUGUUUAAGUGUAGCCUGCAGGGUGAUGGGGGUGGAGAUAGUCAGGGGGGUAAACCUCUGUGCUCUGGUUCUGAGGACCUGGGCAGUGUCAGGAACAUCUACUCUGACGUGUCUCAGUUGAGGAUAUCCUAUAAUGUGUACAAGGCUGUGUACGCCAUCGCCCACGCACUGCAUGCUAUGAGGAGCUGUGAGACAGGAAGAGGACCUUUCCCUCUGCAUGCCUGCCCAAAUACUGACAGCAUACAGCCAUGGCAGCUCCUGCACUACCUGAAGAAGGUGGAGUUCUCUAACUCGUUUGGUGAUGAGACUAAGUUUGAUGUGAACGGGGACCCAGUAGCUGUGUAUGACCUGGUGAACUGGCAGUUGGGGGCAGAGGGCCAGGUGAAGUUUGUCACAGUGGGGAGGUUUGACGAGACUACCAGCCUGGGCAGGAAGAAACUAUACAUCCAGAAAACAGACAUCAUCUGGAAUGGAAACCAGACGACAGUCCCUCUGUCAGUAUGCAGUAGCAGCUGUCUUCCAGGCACUCGGAGGGCCAUCAGGCCUCACUUCCCUGUCUGCUGCUUUGACUGUGUGGUCUGUACAGCAGGGGAGAUUAGCAAUAAGACAGAUGCUAUAGAGUGUGUUCGCUGCCUACCUGAGUUCUGGUCCAAUGAGGAGUGUACAGCCUGCAUCCCCAAGCAGGUUGACUUCCUGUCCUACGGUGACACAAUGGGUAUGGCUCUGCUCUCCGUGGCCCUGCUGGGGUCCUUCUGCACUGCCACAGUCGUCCUCAUAUUCGCCUGUCACCACGCCACCCCCAUCGUCAGGGCCAACAACUCUGAGCUGAGCUUCCUGCUGCUCUUCUCCUUGACUCUGUGUUUUCUGUGUUCUCUUACUUUCAUUGGCCGGCCCUCUGAGUGGUCCUGUAUGCUGCGCCACACAGCGUUUGGGAUCACCUUCGUCCUCUGCAUCUCUUGUGUUCUGGGGAAAACAAUAGUGGUGUUGAUGGCCUUCAGGGCUACACUUCCAGGUAGUAAUGUCAUGAAAUGGUUUGGGCCUCUACAGCAGAGAGCCUUCAUCUCACUCUGUACUUUGGUCCAGGUGGUGAUCUGUGCUGUGUGGCUGGCUGUUUCCCCUCCCAGCCCACGCAGACUGAUGACACGUGAGAGUGCCUGUGUCAUCCUCCUAUGUGAUGAGGGCUCAGCCCUGGGCUUCUGCCUUGUGCUGGGCUACAUCGGCCUGCUGGCCUCUCUCUGUCUCCUCUUAGCCUUCCUGGGCAGAAAACUCCCAGACAACUUCAACGAGGCCAAGCUCAUCACCUUCAGCAUGCUGAUCUUCUGUGCCGUGUGGGUGGCCUUCGUCCCUGCCUACGUCAGCUCUCCUGGGAAGUACUCCACGGCCACGGAGGUGUUCGCCAUCCUGGGCUCCAGUUUCGGCCUUCUGACCUGCCUCUUCCUGCCCAAAUGUUACAUCAUUCUGCUGAAGCCUGAGAAGAACAACAGGAAACACCUCAUGGCCAAGUCUGAAUCUGACAAGACAUUCUGACAAGGCCCGCCCCCCCUUUUGUAGGCCCGCGGAUCAAUUUGCAAAACUGAUCAAUUCAUUUUUUUUUAGGACAGUCAGGUUAUCAACUUAAUAUUGAAUAUUAAGAAUGGUAGAAUACACAAGGUGAAAUAUAGAAAUGUGGUUGAGCGUCAGCAUUUUCCUGUUGUUGUGUCAGUCACUGACAGUCUCUCAAUUAGCCCAUGGCAGCUAACGUUUUUCUAGAUUGCUCUAGCCAGCUAUCAUAAAAUUGUAGUAAUCAUGGUCAAAUUACCACUCUCAUUCAGUUAACAUAUUGAAAACUGCAACACUUCUCUACAACCUAUGGCAAAAUUUGUGGAAUUACAGGAAAAUAGCUGUAAAAUUGCUAAAUCUUCUCUCUGCCACAUGGGAAAAUGUGUAGAAUUGCAAGAAACUUGCUUUAAAACUGCACCAAUUUCUCUACGCCCAAUGCAAAAUGUAUAGAUAUAUACAACUUUUUCUCUGCUGUCAAAAAAGAAGAAGAAUUGUCCUCCCAACAAAAUGUAACGUAGGGCCCUCAGAAAAGACUACUGCAUGUGUGGGUAUGGAUGUGGGUAGGCAGACCGCGAGCUACUGCUGCCCCACAUGAGUUCAGAUUUUUUUGUGGCCCCUCCCUGAUUUAGAUUGUGUGGAAAUUAUAAUGUAGUUUCAGGAAGUUCAAUCAGGAAGUCUGAAUGGUCAUUUAACUAUAUCUAGUAUGUGUAAUAAUACCUUUUGUUUCCUAUUCUAGGGGCAUAGUGGGAAUGAAUACAAACGUGUCAUCAUCACAGUGAGAAUGAAAACGAACAUGUCAUCAUCACAGUGAGAAUGAACACAAACGUGUCAUCAUCACAGUGAGAAUGAAAAGAAACAUGUCAUCAUCACAGUGAGAAUGAACACAAACGUGUCAUCAUCACAGUGAGAAUGAAAAGAAACAUGUCAUCAUCACAGUGAGAAUGAACACAAACGUGUCAUCAUCACAGUGAGAAUGAAAAGAAACAUGUCAUCAUCACAGUGAGAAUGAACACAAACGUGUCAUUAUCACAGUGAGAAUGAACACAAACGUGUCAUCAUCACAGUGAGAAUGAAAAGAAACAUGUCAUCAUCACAGUGAGAAUGAAAAGAAACAUGUCAUCAUCACAGUGAGAAUGAAAACAAACAUGUCAUCAUCACAGUGAGAAUGAAAAGAAACAUGUCAUCAUCACAGUGAGAAUGAAAAGAAACAUGUCAUCAUCACAGUGAGAAUGAAUACAAACAUGUCAACAUCAUGAUGUUCUCCAGAGUGGCGCAGGGGUCUAAGGCACUGUAAUACCAGCGCAAGAGGUGUUAUUACAGUCCCUGGUUCACAUCUGGUUGGGAUUGGGUGUCCCGUAGGGCGGUGCACAGUGUCGUCCGGGGUAGACCAUCAUUGUAAAUAAGUAUUUGUUCCUAAAUGACUUGCCUAGUUAAAUAAAGGUUACAUUUAAAAAACG